UAAUACAUGUAACAUAUAGAAGUACGGACUUUGUGGAAAAAAAAAAAAGCUGCCAAAAGCUGGUGCGCGUCCAGAUCUCUGAGCGCCAGCAACCGGAAACGUCGCCAAGCACAUUCGCAUUUCCAGAGAAACGCUCAAGCGCCCACUUCCAACGGCCAAAUAUGAACAUGCUGCUGUCUAGGAAGCGAAGCCGCGAGAUGGAGCCGACGCCGCAGCCAACGCUUCCCGUACUACGUCGCCCGAGCGUCGAGGACCGCUGCUGGCUGCUGGGCGACGUGGACGCCAAGACGCACCGCCAGUUGCCCAAGAUCGAGGCGCCGCGCCCGCUGUCGCGCGCUCGCCAGAGCUCACAGGAGCUGUUCCUGAGCGUCGUCAUGGAGUGGCAGAAGGCCAAGCUGCAGAACGCGAACGGACCCGCCAAGGACACGGCCUCAGAUGGGUACACGACGCCCAGCUCGGAGGACUCGGAGCUGGAGGCUGCGUCGCCCAAGAAGACUAAGCGCGUGGACGAGGAGAGCCCUUCGAGCGUGCACAACCCACCGCGUGACAUGACGCCGCUUCGGUUGGACUACAUCACCGAGCCCAUUAAGAUGAUCGGCGCCUACACGCCUGCGGCGCGUCGUGUGCUGCUGCAGAAGUACAUGGCUAAGCGUGCACGCAGAUUGUCCCAGCACAAGGUGCGCUAUGGCGUGCGUAAAACGCUGGCCAAUGCGCGUCCCCGUGUCAAAGGACGCUUCGUCAAGACUGUGCAGCCGCUUACCGCUGCUGCCGUGGAAGCCCAGCAGGCACAACAACAACAAACGCAGUAAGUUGACGCCACUUCUUCUCUCUUUUCAACCCACAAGUUUGAUUCGCUUGCUGCGCACUCGACGCCUGUACUCUAAACCACGUAAUAAUAUAUAGGCAGCUUGCACGCUUCUCCUUGCCACUUCAACGCUGCGGAGGCUACCAUAUUCGUGCCCGUGUGUCAGUAUUAGCCUCCAUUGAAACGGCUGAGAAUAGGCACCCAAAAUAUUCUCGACGCAGAAUGAAACUGAGCUGGUUAUGGCACUUUGCUAUGCGUGCCGCAGAUCCCAUAUAUCUCCCACUGCAUUUACUCGGCACCGAUGAUGUAUUGCACAACCUUCACUGCUCAGCGCUAAAUGCUGCUGCACCAUCAACAGCAGCGCUAGUUCCGGUGCACCGGCACGUUUUGCUUUUUCCACCGCUAGUUCAACUUGCCCCAUCGCAUCUUUUGG